AUGCACAAAUCCUCUUCCCACCCUCACAGGGAUGCCUUGCUCUUAGUGCUGCUCUGUAUCCCUGUUAUCGUGGAUGGCGUCCGCGUUCUGGUCUGCCAGUCCGUGGAAUUAGACCGUCGCCCCAUCUUCCGCCCGGGCAUGGCGGGUGGGAGCGCCGCGGCGGUCCUCUCCGUCCUCCCGGGGUCCUCCUGGGUUCCCCAUCUGCCCAGCCACCCAUCAGACAGUCUCCCCACCAUCCAGUUAUUGUUUAACGGGAACAACGGCGUCCUCAACUGGGUCCAGGACGACGAGGACGAGGAUGAGAACGGUAAAGGGACCACCAAGCUUCCUCUCCAGUCUCGUAACGCAGCUAAUGUCCUCCGAGGAGAUCGUGUCCAAGUUGACGACGCUGCUAACAAAGCCUCCGACGGCGUCGACCACUCCCGGUACGGCGUCGACUCCCGCAGCGAGUGGCACGUCGUCGGACGGCGGGGCGACCAGUGGCGCAUCUACGCCGUCGACAGUACCGCCGACGCCGUACACAGCAACGGGUACCACCUCGACGACCAUAACGGGUACCACGGCCACACCGGAAACGACGUCCACGCCCACCACCACGACGUCGACGACAACCGCGACGACACCCACCACCAGCACAGCACCUCCCACAACGUCCACCACCACCACGACAACUACGUCAACGACGCCGACAACGUCCGUUACGACGGCACCCAGGCCGACCAAGUCAACGACCACCACCACGGCGACCACUACCACAACGACAACUACGCCAUCAUCGACGUCAACCACUACGCCGACCACCACCACACCGACGACGACCACCAGAACAACAACGACGACCCCGACUACCACCACCACCACACCGACGACGACGACCACGCCCACAACGACAACCACCACGCCGACCACGACCACCAGAACAACAACGACGCCUCCGACUACCACUACCACGUCCACCACAACACCGACCACGACAACAACACGACCCACGACAACGACCCCGACUACCACCACAACCAGAACAACCACCACCACGACUACGCCCACCACCACCACCACCACGACCACGCCCACCACCACCCGCCGCACCACCGCUUACAUCCCACCACCGCCACCGCCCCCGCCUCCGGCGCCGCCCACCACGACCCGUCGGCCGCCGCUCACCGCCACGCAAACCACCACGACCACCCCCAUCCGCGGCAAGACACGCGCCCCCGGCACCCAGGCGACCGCCAACCCCUAUGUCUUUACCAUCCACAACCCCGUGGGAAUACCAGCAACGCCACCGCGAACCACACCCCAUACCAAUCCACCCUGGCCGGGCUAAUCGGGUUUUGGUCUGUCCUCCUCCCGUUGGACCAGGACGAGAGUAGUAAAGGCUGUAGCGAGUGCUGUCGUAUAAGAAAAACAUACUGGCGCAGCGCUCAAGGCAUACCUGGAAAAACACUAGGAACUUGUUGACCUUUUUCGAAUAAUACGUAGGUUGGCACCCUAUACAACCAUCUUUGCUGCGAGAAGCUUAUUCAGUGCUUCCUUGCCGUUAGUUCUGCAUUCAGCAAAAGUAAAUCCACACAACAGAGUAUGUGCUUAGAUUCAUACGAACCACCGGGACAUGCC